CCCGGCCCGGCCCGGCCCGGCCGCCUUCUCCUCGCAGCUCUGCGGCCGAGUCUCCUCUCAGCUGCUCGGAGGAAGCUUUUGCACGGCACCUCUUUUCCCCAGCGUCGGGAGCUGCUAACAAGUGCCAGGCUGGAAGUGGCUUGGGAGAGCAGGGGGGACCAGUAGGAGUUGAAGAGAAAUUAGUUGGGCUUCAAACACUUUCACUCAUCAACAUCAUUCCUCCCCCGAUUCCUGCCAAACCUCAGCUGGGGUAAUUGCACUUAAGAAUGAACAUUGAAGACAAGCUGGGAGGAUUAUUUCUUAAAUGUGGUGGCAUAGACCAGAUGCAGUCAUCCAGGGCUAUGGUAGGGAUGGGUGCAGUAUCUGACCAGUCUGGAGUAUCGCGAGAACGGCAAGAGGCAGUGCUUCAAGAUCGGACUAUGCCGCACCAAGAAAUUCUUGCAACAGAUGAAGUGUUACAGGAAAGUGAACUUCGACAGCAAGAGAUGAUUUCACAUGAUGAACUCAUGGUCCAUGAGGAGACGGUAAAAAAUGAUGAUGAAAUGGAUGCACAAGAUAGACUUCCUCAAGGGCUGCAGUAUGCUGUUAAUGUCCCUAUCAGUGUAAAGCAAGAAAUUACCUUUACUGAUGCAUCUGAACAACAGAAACGAGACAAAAAACAAAUACGAGAGCCAGUAGAUUUGCAGAAAAAGAAGAAAAGAAAACAGCGUUCACCAGCAAAAAUCCUUACAAUAAAUGAGGAUGGAUCACUUGGUCUGAAAACCCACAAAUCUCAUGUUUGUGAGCAUUGCAAUGCUGCCUUUAGAACCAACUACCAUUUACAGAGACAUGUCUUCAUUCAUACAGGUGAAAAACCAUUUCAGUGCAGUCAGUGCGACAUGCGUUUCAUACAGAAGUACCUGCUACAGAGGCAUGAGAAGAUUCAUACUGGUGAAAAGCCAUUUCGUUGUGAUGAAUGUGGUAUGAGGUUUAUUCAGAAGUAUCACAUGGAAAGGCACAAAAGAACUCACAGUGGAGAGAAGCCUUACCAGUGUGAAUAUUGUUUGCAGUAUUUCUCCAGGACCGAUCGUGUGCUGAAACACAAACGUAUGUGCCAUGAGAACCGUGAGAAGAAACCCAACAGAAGUGCCACCAAAGUUGGCUUUUUGCCAUCGGAGGAAGAUUCCGGUUUCUCCACGCCUCUGAAAGACAGCUCCUUGCCAAAGAAGAAAAGGCAGAAAACAGAGAAAUCAAAAUCUGGGGAUAAGGAAAGUUCAGAUAAAUCAGAACACAAGAAGGACAAAAAUGACUAUUUGCCUUUGUACUCUUCUAGUACUAAAGUAAAAGAUGAAUACAUGGUAGCGGAAUAUGCUGUUGAGAUGCCACAUUCUUCAGUCGGUGGGUCGCACUUAGAGGAAGCCAAUUCUGGAGAAAUACACCCACCGAAGCUGGUUCUCAAAAAGGUCAACAAGAGGAGUCUAAAGCAGCCACUUGAGCAAAGUCAAACCAUUUCACCUUUAUCUACAUAUGAAGACAGCAAGGUUUCGAAGUACGCCUUCGAUCUUGUGGAUAAGCAAAGUUUACUGGACUCUGAAGGUAAUGCUGACAUUGAUCAAGUCGACACAUUACAGGAAGGGCCCAGUAAACCUGUACACAGCAGCACUAAUUAUGAUGAUGCAAUGCAGUUUUUGAAGAAAAAGAGGUAUCUACAAGCAGCUAGUAACAACAGUCGAGAAUAUGCCUUGAAUGUAAGUACCAUAGCAUCUCAACCUUCAGUAACGCAGGCAGCUGUGGCCAGUGUCAUUGAUGAAACUGCUACAGCCUCAAUACUGGACACACAGGCACUGAAUGUUGAAAUUAAAGGUAACCAUGACAAAAAUGUCAUUCCAGAUGAGGUACUGCAAACUCUGUUAGAUCAUUAUUCACACAAGGCUAAUGGACAGCAUGAGAUCUCUUUCAGUGUGGCUGACACAGAAGUGACCUCUAGUAUAUCCAUCAAUUCCGCUGAAGUAUCUGAGGUGACCCCAUCUGAGACGGUUGGAACAAGCUCUCAAGCUUCCUCAUCAGAUAAAGCUAGUAUGUUACAAGAAUAUUCAAAGUUUUUACAGCAAGCUUUGGACAGAACUAGCCAAAAUGAUGCCUAUUUGAACAACCCGAGCCUUAAUUUUGUGACUGAUAACCAGACACUUACAACCCAGCCAGCAUUUCCUUCCAUGGAGAAGGUCUACACAUCUAUACCCGUCAAUAGCUUUCGGUCGGGGAUGAACUCUCCAUUAAGAACAACUCCAGACAAGUCUCACUUUGGACUAAUGGUUGGUGAUUCUCAGCACCCUUUUCCCUUUUCAGGUGAUGAGGCAAAUCAUUCUUCUUCCUCCUCUACACAGGACUUCUUGGAUCAAGUAACUUCUCAGAAGAAAGCAGAGGCACAGUCUGUUCAUCAAGCAUAUCAAAUUAGCUCCUUUGAGCAGCCCUUUAGAGCUCAGUACCAUGGGGCAAGAGCUGGAAUAUCCUCUCAGUUUAGCACUGCCAAUGGACAGGUGAACCUUCGGGGACCAGGGACAAGUGCUGAUUUCCCAGAAUUUCCCUUGGUGAAUGUAAAUGAUAGCAGAGCUGGGAUGACUUCUUCACCUGAUGCCACGACGGGCCAGACUUUUGGCUAAGAAAUCUUUGUAAAUAAUACUGGCACUUUAGAACACAUUUGUCAAAAGGGGGUUGCUCUGUAUAAGAUGGAGUUCUGUACAGCUUUUAAGAGCGCUAUGUUAAAACAGAAGUAAGCUGAUAUUAGCAAGACCAAUAACUGCUUCUUUUUUCUUUUUUCUUUUUUUAAAAAAAAAUUUGUUUGUUAGCCAUCAGUCAUUGAACUGCCUGAUGUUGGUGCCCCUAUCAAAGGCAGUUUAUUAUUCACUUGUUUGAAUCCAGAAAAUAUUUUACCUUCUAUGAAAUUUUAAAAUAAACAAAAUCCCCAGGUAAGACUUUCCCCCAUGAUUGUUUCCUUGCUGGUUUCCUUUUAUGCUUUGGGAGGACAGUUUUUUGUCUGAUACUAUUCACAAUGUCAUUUCUAAGCUUGUCAGCAUAGUUGUUGCUCUUCAGCAGGGAAUCAACAUGUACUAAACACACAGAAUAAACAAGUAAGUUUUGGAAGUCAAACAAAUACGCUUUGAAAGAAAGCAUUUUCUAGAAAAAUUUUCAGUCUCUCUCAAAAAUAAUUUUAGACCAUGUGCCCUUUAUUUCUGCUUUGCAUUACCUUGAGUUAUGUUUGGAGGGAAAGAAAGUGAAUUCUGAUAGACUAACUCUACUAUUUAAAAGUCUAAUUAAUUUAAAAUACUUUAAACACUUUUUUAAGCAAAAUGCCUAACUGCUAAAGCCUUUACUUCAUUCCAGAAGUAAUGUGUAUUUCUUUGUACAGCUGAAUCUAGAUGUAACUUUUUAAUGACUUUUUCAUAUGCAGAAACCAAGAUUUUGAAGUUUUAGUUAAAAUACUCUGUAGAUGACAUUCCCAAUUGCAAAAUGCUUACACAAACAGUGUAUUCCAAGGUUUAAAAGCUUAAUUGUACCUUACCCUACAUACUCAUAACGAUUAACAUAGAGCACUUAGCCAACUUUAUAGUUUUUGAUUUCUCAAAAAAUAAAACCAUUUUUAGAUGUUUAGGUUUGAUACGGUUUCAUCAUUUUCAUCUCAUACAGCAGCUCCAGUAAUUCUUUUCCAUAUACUUGAGAUUGGGUAUUUUUAGCUUCUGUAAAAACUGUUUUAAUUCUCUGUCUAGAAUUUUGACAAUUCCAAUUAUUAAUUUUAUUGAAGUAUCCCUGAAAGCUGAAGAAGUGGGCAUUCAAAUUCCCUAUUUUUUAGUGUUUGCUUAGUAAAAGUCACUACAAUUUGACAAACCCAAACUGGUGAAUGAUGCUAGUGAAUGGGAUUUCUUUUUCCAGCCUAGGAGAGUGAUCAGAAGUUUUCAUUGCAUUUCACAGUAUAAAUAAACUGCAAAGUUUAUCCCUGUACCAUGAAUAUGUUUUUUUGAAUAGUACUUUGUCUUGAAGUAUACAGUAUGGUACGAUAAGUAGUUCUGUGUGCAUUUUUAAGGUGGUAAGAUUUUGAGUAGCCUAACUAUUGUGUAGUUUAAGUUAACAAGUUUCAGAUUUUUGAACUGUAUGUUCAUUCUAUUUGCACCUUCCCUAAAGGGACACUGUCUGGUAGUUCAAGGCAGUUUAAGCCUCAUGUAGGCUGAUUAACCAGGGAAAAACACACACACACACACACACACAUACACACACAUACACAUAUAGGUAGGUGUGUGUAUGGUGGUUUUUAAAAUAGGAUUUCAUCCAGGUUUUUACAGCACUGUUGCUAGCUAGUAUCUCUCAGAUAAAGCCAUCAGGUAGGAGAAAAGGCUGCAUCUCAAGGGGCUAAAAUAUAUCCUGUCUUUUAAGAAGGGACUUGAGCAGGACCCAGAACAGUUCCCACCUCUUACCAAAGCAGUAGCAAUAUUUUUCUGAAUUUUCGUUACCAGGAAACUGAUCCCACUUUGUCUUUUCCCUUAUGGGAGCACUACUACAGCACUAACUUCACUUGGUACAGUUGAGGGAGAAAGGGCAUUGAUUAUCCAUAGCCUGCUUCUUCUGUUGGCAAGAAUACAAUUUAUACAAACGAAUUUCUUAAUGCUUUUGUAUAAGAAAGCAGGCUCUUUUGAUUUGUUGACCCUGUGUGUAAUACAGUAAGGCAUUUCAGCAUGCUAUGACUUACCAGUAAUUUUGUCUGAAUAUUUGGCCACGACUUGAAAAGAGUGGGCAUCAAGGGAGAAGAGUAAAUUCCUUAUGGAUUAUUAAUGAUACAUGUAAAGAAAUUUCUUUGAAAGAAUAUUUUUAAACUGAUUCGUGGUCUCUCUGUUUUUUUUUUCCUUUAUGGUCAGUUUGGUUUUUUGACUUUCCAUUGUGUGUUGCACAGAAAUAACAUAAAGGGUCCCUAUAUCCCAGGAAACCACCUCUUGUAAGGCAUACUUUGUGUUCAGUGUCCAUUUCCAUGACAUCCUAGCUUGUGGUGCCUGAAUAAUACAGUGUUGGCACUUUUGUUCCUAUGCCCUCAUGUUGCAAGGAGAUGGCAAUUGUACUAUUUGUUAAAUAUAGCAAGGAACAAAAGAGAAAAAAAAAAGAAAAAAAAAAGGCUGGGUUAUUACUGUGUUACUGCACUGCUGUGGGCCCACAGGGAGGUAAGAGGAAUGAAGACUCCUUCUCCCUAAGGGGACUGACUCAGCUUUAUUUAUAAAAAGUUGCUGCAUUGACACUCUGGUGUGCGAAUGUGAUGGAGGACUCGGAGGGAGUGGC